AAUUUUUAUGAUCUAGGGAUACCUUAAUGAAGGAAAAUAUUUUUUUCUUGGGUUAAUUGACUUCUUAAGGAACAUGUAAGAUAAGGAUACAUGCAUAUGCUUUCUUUUACUUUUCUUUUUCUAGUGGCUCUCUUUGCAUGCUUCAUGUGUAAUGAGGCCGUGCCUCUUCUUUUAUUUUGUACAUAUAAAAAAAUGGAGAGGAAGAAUUCAAUCAUAAGAAAAGAUUCUAUACUGCUAUGUUGCACUAUCUAAGCUGAAUUUGAUUACUAUUGUUGGAUUGUCAAGCUAUUUGAUGGUUCUACGUGGUGGAAGGUUGCAUUCAGUAUUCACUAUGAUUGUAGAGCAUUCUUACAUGAAUAUUUGUUAAUUUAAUUCUCAAGGCUGAUGUAAAGAAGGAAAGAAAAGACCCAGAAAAAAUUAACCAUAUACAAUACUGCAUAGUGUUUUUGAAUGUUGAGCAUAGGAGCACUGUUGGCUGCAUUUUUCUAGAGCAAAAGAAAUUCUAAUGCUCCAUAUAGGGUAAAGAUGUAAAGUCGUAAAAGAUUGAAAAGACUGCUGAAGUUAGAAAAUGGAGAGGAAAAAAUUCUUUAUCAGUGAUUCUAAGGCAUUGCUACAAGGCUAUAUAUUGAACAAAAAUUCUAAAUCUAGAAUCUAAAGAGGGCAACAAAGAAUUUAAACAAGGAAACAAAUUAAUUCUAGCAAAAUUUUAGUAUCUACAUAAUAUUGUACAACUAUACAGUACUUAACCAUGGAAACUAUAUUACAUGGUCAAUUAUAUAAUUCCAAUUCUUCUAAUACUCCACCUCAAGUUAGUGCAAAGAUGUUUUGCACUCCUAGCCUUUUAGUCAUUUUUUGAAAUGCCAAACUUUGAAGUCCUUUGGCGAGAACAUCAGCCAGUUGAUUAGGAGCUCAUGUCUAUGGUGUGCACACAUAACCACUUCUUUGAUGGUAGAAGGAACUUCAUGAGAGGAUAUCUGAAUGACAAAGGCUUGAAAAAAAUGUUGAAAAGAAACAAAUUGAGAGACAAGGUGAUGAGUGCAGGAUUUAACACUUUUUUGGAUGACGAUAGGCAAAUUUCAUUAGGGAUACUAACAUGUCCCAAGAUGCUUUGGGUGGCUUUCAUCCUUGACAUGCUCUAGGAACUUGCCUUCAAUGGUCACCUUGAGCAUGUACAUCACCUUUGUAAGUUUUAAUUGUCCAUUUUCUGAGGGCUUCAACAUUUUAUGGACUUAGUGGUAUGCUGCUGCUUCCACCAGCUACUUCCCAUAAAUCACGACCUUUAAAUAGGAUUUAAUUAUGAUGUCCCAAUUUUUAUAAUUGUGUUUGCUCAAUUGACGAGCCCACUCAUGCUAAAAUCUACCAUUGUGAUCUUUACUAACAAGCUUGGUCUAGAUGUAAUCAAUUCUACCAUCCUAGUUGGUAGUCCACCAUGAUCUUUGUAGCGUCUUGAUCUCUUGGUCCUUUACCACACAAUUUCUCAAAUCGUGGUCCUUAACCAUGCAAGACCUUGAACAAUUGGCCUGUAAUCUCCUUCUCUAAUACCAAAUUGUAGAUAUCUCCUGUGACCUCUAAGAAAUAAUUACCAAGAAAUGUUAAAAAUAUUAUUACCAAAUAUUGGAGAAAUAAGUAUACUAAGAAACUAAUGCACUCAAUAUUUCAUGUAGAAUUUCACCAAAUAUUCAACCCAAAACCAUGCACUGAAGCAAUAAGAGGCCCAUGUCUUCUUAAUUAUCAUAUCAUAGUAAAAAGGCCCACAAGCAAACAACCCAAACAAAAUAGAUUAAAUAAAAAUACUAAAUAGGCCCAAAAACACCAAUUCAAUAAGCUCGUUGAACUCUAAUUCUACAUAAUCAAGUAGCCUAACCUAAUUACCCCUUACCAAACAUUGCUUAAUCCCUAAGCAGUCUUUUUCUUCUUUUACCCAAACCCUCUCUUUCUACCAUAACUCCCGCAAUUGAAAGAGAUGGAGAGAGAAUGGGAACAAGGUAUCUUUAAAGCUCUAAGGGUGAUUCUCUGAUCGUGGUAAUGAAAGGUAACAAUUGUGAUUGGCAAGGAGUGGCGGAAAAAACAAUGACUAAGAGGGUGACAACUAUGACAAUGGUGGUGAUGGAUUUCGAUCGGUGGUUGUGAUUGCAACAGUGGUAGUUGUGCGGUGGCCAAUUUCAAUAAUUGUGGUUCCCUCAUCUAGAAUAGUGUUGAUCUCUUACCCUCAAACAAAUAGCUCCCCCCACCCACUCUUACCCUUUCUUGUAUGAAGCAUUUAGGCCGAUCUAAAGCUUUGGACACAAUUUCAAAAACGAGAAGACCCUUCCUCCUUCGAUCUCUUGUUUGAAACAAUUUAAGGUUAAAAUUUUUUUCACACUAAAAAACUAAGAUUUGUUUCCUCUUUUAAGCUUUUUUGGGUUGUCACAUAUAUUCUUGCUCAAGAAGAGAAAAUAGAUAGUGUGAUUAAGCACCAUUUCUGGUAAAUGGAUGGUGAAGAUUGGCCAGAUCCACUUCCUAAAGGAUGGACAUUGAAGAAGUAUUCUAACGGCAAGGUUUGGGCACAUAAUACGAGGACUGGACAGACAUUUCGUACAAAAAAAGAUCUCCUUCGUUAUGUGCAUUAUGCUGAAAAUGUGCUUCCUCUUUUUGCUAACAACAAUCUCCCAUAUGAAGACUCUCAAGCCGUAGCAGAUUCCAAAGGCAAAGCUGUUGAUGAUUACACAGACGAAUCUGUAAAAGCUUUUGAUGAUAAAGAAGGAAAUUCAGAGCAACCUUCUAACAAUGAAGAUGGCAAUUCGGGGGAAGGUGAUGAUGAUGAUGAUGACGAUGACGACGACGACAACAACAGUUUGUAUGGAGGUUUAGACUUCAGCAAAGGCAUUUGGGGCAUAGAUGAUGUUGAGAUAAUCGAACGCACCUCAUCCCAUGCUUCAGUAAUUGUAACUGAUGUCCCGAAUACCCACAAUAAUCAACUGCCAGAGAGAAACAUGAAGGUCCAGGCUGACCAACAGCCAGAGACGAAGACGAAGGCGAAGACGGUAACUGAACACCGGAGAAACAAGAGAACUGGGCCUCAGAAGAAAUUUAAAAUGCCUCCUAAGCGUUUUCGUGGAUCAGGCUCACGUAAGAACCGUCAUCAGAAGCCUUAGAAAGUUCCCUUAUGUUUGCUCUUCCUAUGAAAACUCCAAAAUACAUGUCUACCUGUAGUGUUUUACUUAUGAUAUUGCUUUUCUAAUUAGGCUA